UGGAGCGGUUCCGUGGAGCGGUUCCACGGAGCGGCCGAAGAUGGCGGAGCUGGAGAGCCUGGAGACGGCGGCGGAGCACGAGCGGAUCCUGCGGGAGAUCGAGAGCACGGACACGGCCUGCAUCGGCCCCACUCUGCGGUCCGUGUACGAUGGGGAGGAGCACGGACGCUUCAUGGAAAAACUGGAGGCUCGGAUCCGAAACCACGACAGGGAAAUUGAGAAAAUGUGCAACUUCCACUACCAGGGGUUUGUGGAUUCCAUCACGGAGCUCCUCAAGGUCCGGGGGGAAGCUCAGAAGCUCAAGAACCAAGUGACCGACACCAACCGGAAGCUGCAGAAUGAAGGGAAAGAACUGAUCCUGGCCAUGGAGGAGCUGAGGCAGUGCCGGCUGCAGCAGAGGAACAUCUCGGCCACCGUGGACAAACUCAGCCUGUGCCUCCCUGUGCUGGAGAUGUACAGCAAGCUGCGGGAGCAGAUGAAAUCCAAGAGGCACUACCCAGCCCUGAAGACCCUGGAGCACCUGGAGCACACCUUCCUGCCCCAGGUGAGCCACUACCGCUUCUGCAAGGUGAUGGUGGACAACAUCCCGCGGCUGCGCCAGGAGAUCCAGGAGCUCUCCAUGUCCGACCUCAAGGACUUCCUGGAGAGCAUCCGCAAGCACUCGGACAGGAUCGGAGAGACCGCCAUGAAGCAGGAUUGCGGAUUCAAGCAGUGGAAGAUAAUUGCCAGGGUAUUCUUCAGUCUCCUGCUCUCUCCAAUUGUUCAGGCACAGCAGCAGAGAAACCUGGACAACAUCGUGUCCCAGCAGCCCAGGAUUAGCGGGGGGAAGAAAUCCAAGAAGGAAUUCAGCGCCAGCUCCAAGCUGGAGGUGAAGAACACCAGGCCCAUGUCGGAGCAGGAUUUGGGGAUCCUGGAUGUGGAGGAUGAGGAUGAGGAUGAGGAGGAAGAGGUGCCUGGAGCCCAGGAUUUGGUGGAUUUCUCCCCGGUCUAUCGAUGCCUCCACAUCUACUCCGUCCUGCCUUCAUCCUGCUCUUCCUCAGCCCCGGUGCUGUCCAGCCACUCCAGGAUCCUCUGGUGCCUGGGGAUCUCCCCGAGCUGCCUCAGCCCUGCCUCGGUCAGCCGGGCCAGCCUGACCCUGCUGUCCCCAGGGUCCCCUCCCCGGCCCUGCGAGGUCCCCGGGGUGUCCCGGCAGUUGGGGACACCUGGGUGGGGGACCCUGCUGCGGACAGAAGCCGAGGGCGCCGCUGGUGCGGGCCGUGAGCGGCGGUCGGUGCCGGGGUCGCGCGCCGUCCCCUCCUGGGCCGGCCUGGCUCGGGGCACGGCCACCUGCAGGGGACAGAGGCUGGCAUCCCAACAUCCCCCACCUUUCUCCCGGGAUAGCUUCAAGGCUGGCUGUGGUUUCCCACGUCAGUCCCAGCUCUGUGACCUGCUGGAGCAGGAGAAGGAGCCAAAGGUCGGGGGCUCGAUUUACCAGGACACUUCCCAGCCUUCCCGUUGGGAAUUCCCUGCCUGCAGGAGAAAGUUCCUGGUGCUGUCAGGGCUGAUCCAGAGCCAAGCUCAGAUCCAAGGAGCCUCUGCCAAGGAAUUCCUCUCUAAAAAUUUAAAUUUCAGCUCCACGGAAGUCGAUGACAUGAUCCGAAAAUCCACAAACCUGCUGCUGACCCGGACCCUGAGCAACUGUUUGCAGAAUGUCAUCAAGAGGAAAAAUGUUGGACUGACAGAGCUCGUGCAGAUCAUCAUCAACACCACCCACCUGGAGAAAUCCUGCAAAUUCCUGGAGGAAUUCAUCACCAACAUCACCAACAUGCCGCCCGAGACCGUCCACACCACCAAGCUCUACGGGACCACCACCUUCAAGGACGCCCGGCACGCCGCCGAGGAGGAGAUCUACACCAACCUGAACCAGAAGAUCGACCAGUUCCUGCAGCUGGCAGACUACGACUGGAUGGCCCCGGAGCCGGGCAGCAGGGCCAGUGACUACCUGGUGGACCUCAUUGGCUUCCUACGCAGCACCUUUGCCGUGUUCACCCACCUCCCGGGCCAGGUCCGUGUCCACUCCAUCGUCUCUGGGAAGGUGGCCCAGACCGCCUGCAUGUCGGCCUGCAAGCACCUGUCCACGUCCCUGCUGCAGCUGCUGCUGGAGGCCGAGGUGAGGCAGCUGACGCUGGGGGCCCUGCACCAGUUCAACCUGGACGUGGAGGAGUGCGAACAGUUUGCCAGAUCCGGCCCAGUGCCUGGGUUCCAAGGGGACACGCUGCAGUUGGCCUUCAUCGACUUGAGACAACUCCUGGAUCUGUUCAUCCUGUGGGAUUGGUCGACGUAUUUGGCCGACUACGGACAGCCCACGUGCAAAUACCUUCGCGUGAACCCCACCACGGCCCUCGUCCUGCUGGAAAAGUGAGCUCGGAUGCGGGACACCAGCAGGAAAAACAACGUUUUCGCCCAAUUCCGGAAAAACGAGCGGGACAAGCAGAAGUUGAUCGACACCGUGGCCAAGCAGCUGCGAGGCCUCAUCAACAGCCACCACUCCUGA